AUGGGCAACCUCCCCGAAAGCCCGUUUGCGCGCGAGCGCUUCAUUGCUGAGCUAGCCGUGCAGCGGGCAUCCAUCCUCACCAAGCGCCUGCUGCCGUCGUCGCCCUUUGACGCGGCGACAACCGUCGGCACCAACGGCAUCACCAGCAGCAACGGCAUCACGAGCAGCAACAGCCCGAGCAGCAACAGCCCCGCUACCACCACCAUCACCAGCGGUGCUACUGCUCCACGGCCCAACCACCUGGACAGCAGCCACCUGCACAACGGCUACAACUACGCGCGCAAGAACAGCCAGAUUUCCAAGAGCGACGCGUCGCCCGUGACGGCCGGCGACUUUGCCGCGCAGGCGCUGCUGAUCAGCGCCGUACACGGCGCGUUCCCCGACGACGGCUUCGUGGGCGAGGAGGACGCCAACGCGCUGCGGCGGGACCCGGAGCUGGCGCGGCAGGUGUGGGAGUUUGUGACGUCGACGCACCUCGACGACGCGGCGAGCGACGCGCUCCUCGCAACCCCCGCCACCAUCGAGGACAUGUUCGACGUGAUCGACCUGGGCGGCAAAGGGCGCGGGGGCCCGACGGGGCGGUUCUGGGCGCUCGACCCCAUCGACGGCACGGCGGCCUUUAUCAAGGGCCAGCAGUACGCCAUGUCGCUGGCGCUGAUCGACGGGGGGCGCGAGGUGGUGGGCGUGCUGGGGUGCCCGAACCUGCGGCUGCUCGACGACGACGACCUGCUAGGCGACGGCGACGACGCGUCGUCGGGCGGUGGCCGCACCCCCGUCGAGGAGACCAGCGUCGACGAGUACGGCAUGGGCCUGAUGCUGUCGGCCGUGCGCGGCCAGGGCACCAUCUUCCGCCGCAUGGGCCGCGGCGAGCUGCUCGACGCCCGCCGCAUCGAGAAGGUCCCGCACCCGGCCACCGUCCGCGCCAAGCAGCUCCUGAAUCACCAACAAGACAACGGCCACCUGGCCGUCCCAGCCCCCGCCGCCGUCGAGCUGCGCAACCUGCACUUCAUUGACUCGUCCGUCAGCACCGCCACGCUCUCGGAGAAGACGCGGCAGCUGGCCGAAGCGUGCGGGGCGCCGUACCCGGGGACCGAGGUGUACUCGUCGCACAUGCGGUACGCGGCGCUGGUGCUGGGCGGGCGCGAGCACGUGCAGGUGCGCGUGCCCAAGACGCGCGACGCGGCGUGGUGCAUCUGGGACCACGCCGGGUCGCAGCUCAUCUACACCGAGUCGGGCGGCGGCCGCGUCACGGACCUGCUGGGCAAGGACAUCGACUUUGGUUCCGGCCGGGAGCUGACGCGCAACUGGGGGCUCAUCACGGCCGACUACACGGUGCACGGCAAGAUCUUCGAGCUGGCCACGGACAUGCUCAAGGCAGACGCCGCGGCUGCGCAAUGA